GCUUUAGUUUUAGGUGUUUGGAAUGGAACUCUCUAGACACACUCCUUCCUCCAAUUUCGUAUUUCUUCCUCACUAUAUAACUCAUUCUUUCCAUCUCCCUCAUCAACACCAUUCAAUUCGCAUCAUCACUGACACACUCUGCGUUCACUCUCAUCCACUUAAUUUGCCAUGGAAGACGAUUUCGAGUUCCCAGCUGCCGGCGGCAACAACUUCGACGAUGACAUGGAGAUUCCCAACGAGGAGGAGGAGGUCGACUCUACGCUCAAGGUUGGGGACGAAAAGGAGAUCGGAAAAACCGGCCUCAAGAAGAAGCUCGUUAAGGAAGGUGAAGGCUGGGAAACACCUUCAAAAGGAGACGAAGUUGAAGUGCAUUACACGGGAACGUUGCUCGAUGGAACCAAAUUUGAUUCGAGUCGUGACAGGGGUACACCUUUCAAGUUCAAGCUUGGCCAUGGUCAAGUGAUCAAGGGUUGGGAUGAGGGAAUCAAAACCAUGAAGAAGGGUGAGAAUGCCGUCUUCACGAUUCCCCCAGAAUUGGCCUAUGGUGAAUCUGGAUCUCCUCCCACCAUUCCUCCCAAUGCAACUCUGCAGUUUGAUGUGGAGUUGCUGUCUUGGACGAGCGUCAAGGACAUUUGCAAAGAUGGAGGGAUAUUCAAGAAGAUUGUCACUGAAGGAGAGAAAUGGGAAAAUCCUAAGGAUAUUGAUGAAGUGCUUGUUAAAUAUGUGGCUAAGCUUGAAGAUGGCAUGGUUGUUUCGAAAUCUGAUGGGGUGGAGUUCACCGUGGAAGAAGGUUAUUUCUGUCCUGCAUUGGCCAAGGCUGUAAAGACAAUGAAGAAGGGAGAGAAAGUCAUCUUGACCGUUAAGCCGGAAUAUGCGUUUGGGGAGAAUGGAAGGCCAGCAUCAGGUGAUGAAGGCGCUGUACCUCCGAAUGCUUCGCUCCAAAUUGAUCUUGAGUUGAUAUCGUGGAAGGCGGUAUCUGACAUAACCAAGGAUAAGAAGGUUCUCAAGAAGACCUUGAAGGAGGGAGAGGGGUAUGAACGUCCCAAUGAUGGAGCUGUGGUUCAAGUGAAACUUAUUGGUAAGCUGCAAGAUGGGACUGUUUUCGUGAAGAAGGGUCAUGAUGAUGAGCAGCCAUUUGAGUUCAAAAUUGACGAGGAGCAAGUAAUUGAUGGACUUGAUAAAGCUGUGAUGAACAUGAAGAAAGGGGAAGUUGCAUUGGUGACCAUACAUCCUGAGUAUGCUUUUGGCUCAUCUGGGUCAACUCAGGAAUUGGCCACCGUUCCUCCCAACUCCGACGUGUACUAUGAAGUUGAGCUGGUUUCCUUUGUAAAGGAAAAGGAAUCGUGGGAUAUGAAUACACCAGAGAAGAUAGAGGCAGCUGGAAAGAAGAAGGAAGAAGGGAAUGCAUUGUUCAAGGCUGGCAAAUAUGAAAGAGCAUCAAAGAGAUAUGAAAAGGCCAUAAAGUACGUUGAAUAUGAUUCCUCCUUCAGCGAUGAGGAGAAACAGAAGACAAAGGUGCUAAAGGUCACAUGCAAUCUCAAUAAUGCAGCUUGUAAGCUGAAGCUCAAGGACUACAAACAAGCAGAGAAGUUGUGCACUAAGGUAUUGGAGUUGGAUAGUAGAAAUGUGAAGGCACUAUACCGGAGGGCACAAGCAUAUAUUCAACUUGUGGAUUUGGAUCUGGCUGAAAUGGACAUUAAGAAAGCUCUUGAGAUUGAACCAGACAAUAGGGAUGUGAAGAUUGAGUACAAAAUUUUGAAAGAUAAAGUGAGAGAAUACAACAAGAAGGAUGCACAGUUCUAUGGCAGCAUAUUUGCAAAGAUGAACAAAAUGGAACAAGCUAGAAGUGCUUCAGCAAAGCAGGAACCUGUGCCAAUGGCUGUUGAUAGCAAAGCUUAGACUUAGGGCUCUGUCUGUGUUGGCCUCUGCCUGCUCUUAUCAUCCAAGUGUCGUGUCAUAAGUAGUUUGUUCAUGUGGUUGUAUUAUUUUCAUGUGAAAAAAUGCUUAUGGUCUUGGUUGUCACUUGUCACUCAAAUCAUCUAUCUAUACACUGAUAGUUAAUAAGGAAUGAAGCAAUUUAGUUUCGCCUAAUAUAACAAUUUCUGAGUUUAU